AUGUCGCCGUUGACGUUCAUUCUCCCCCCAUCAUUCGGCCGAAUAUCCUCGGAGCCCGGGCCUCGAUACGCUCCCAGCAUUCUUUGUCCUGGUCCAUCUACCCAGCACGGCUCGACUUACAAGCUACCUGAGGACCUGUUAAAGCCCUCGCGUUCCUCUCCCGCCAGACCAUGUUGGACAUUUCAGCCCUGGCGGCUGCCUGCGUUCCCUAGACUAUUGCUGGGACGUCGCAACCAAGCCAAGCUCGCCACUGGCCAGAUCAGACCCAGGCUAGACGGUCCCCGGCCUGCUGCCCAGCCAUCCCGUCUGAUCCAGUGCCGGCUUGGGGGCUUGGGGGGCUUCGGAGCAUGA